UCCUUCUCUCUAUCCUCCCCCCUUCCCCCUCCUUUCUUUUGGGUUCACGUUCUGGUCUCGUGUCGUCGCGAAAUUCGAGCGAUCGGCGUCCUUGGAGCGGUCGUUUUCCUGGUCUUUGUCUAGGUGCUGAUCUUACGGGUGGUCUGGUUGCUGAAUUUUUUUGGUGGGCCGCUGCCGAAUUGCUGUGGCUCGAGGGUUAGAAUGUGGACGGUUGGAUUUGACCCGAUCAGUUGUAGAUGGGUUUCGGUUGGGUGUUUCGUUAACUCUUAUGAUGUGAGUCUCUCUGUUUCAUGGAGGCCUUUCGUGGGUUCUCUUCGUUUGAGCUGCAGUAGUUAUUGGUUAUGGGUUGUGUCGUGCAAGUGAAGAAGGCAAUGAGGGAAAGAGGAAUAAAAAAGGUCCCUGCGUGUAGUUGGGUUGAGAUUAAACAUAGAACUAAUGUCUUUCUGGCGAAUGAUAAUUUGCAUCCCCAAAUAAAGGAGAUCAGGAGAAAAAUUGACACAUUGGCAGAAGAGAUGGAGAAAGAAGGAUACAAACCUGACACAAGUUGUGCCCUUCACAAUGUUGAUGAGGAAGUUAAGAUUGAAUCUCUUAAAUAUCAUAGUGAAAGAUUAGCAAUUGCAUUUGCACUUAUUAGCACACCUAAGGGAUCACCUAUCCUCAUAAUGAAGAAUUUGAGAGCCUCUACAGACUGUCAUGCUGCAAUCAAGGUGAUAUCAAGGAUUGUUCAAAGGGAAAUUACAGUUCGAGAUUCAAACAGGUUUUGCAUGGAAAAUUCACUGCAAUGGAUGACAAGGUCACAAAAACGAGUUCUUGGGUUUAGUCGGGGCUAGAUGACUGUAAUCCAGUGUUGCUUAAGAUCGAGCAGCUGAUUUGAGUCGAUCAAUAGAAGCUACUAUUCUGGAGUUUAUGAUGACAAUUACUGCACUAGAGGCCACAAAUUCUAAAGUGAGGGAACCGCGACUGACGAGGGUGAAUCCGAGAGAGCCUCGCUGGUUUGGAGGCGCUGGAAACGAGGAAGUCGUCGGCCACGGCAGAGCUCGACUGAAGAGAAAACCGGAGAAACGAAAGAAGGAAAGAGAGAAAGAACGAAGGAAAAAAGAUGGAGAGCCGUCGGCCAUGGCAAAGCUCGGCUGAAGAGAGAAACCAGGAUUUGUGUCCACCCACCUUCGAACCAAGAUAUGAGGAGAGUGAAGCCGUCUGAAGUGGAUUCGUGAGUUUUCCUUUCAGUCGAAGGGAGUCCUCGGGAUUUCAUUGAUCUCGAUCAGUUGAAGUUCAAAAUAUCCAGUCUCGCUGAGUCUUCCACCCUUACCUCCCGGCGCACCUGCACUUUGGGGUAGUCUUUGUUGAUGGGGCCGAGAUGGAAGGGAAAGGGUGCAGAGGUCAGAGCACAAGCUGAUCCAAUGUCCGAGAUUGUAUCGCGGCUCAGGUCAUCUUUAAUUGAGUCAAAUGCUCAUGGUUUGCUCUCAGGUUGCUCUGUUCUUCUUGCUGUAGAGGCAGUUCAAAGUGAUCUUCUAAAUCGGGCAUGUUUUGGCCGACCGGUAGUCACAGCCGAGAAGGACAGGCAAUGGUUUCAAUUGAGUAUGGAGGAAGCCUUUUAUCUUUGCUAUACCCUGAAAUGCCUUAGGAUUCACGGUGGAGAUAACUGUCAAAAAACCGAUGAAGAGUUAUGGGAAUACAUGACGGACAAGAAAUCUACGUUCCCCGAAUUUUUCAAAGCUUAUGCUCAUCUUCGGACUAAAAAUUGGGUGGUGAGGUCGGGAUCGCAGUAUGGCGUGGAAUAUGUUGCGUACCGGCACCAUCCGUCUCUUGUCCAUUCUGAAUAUGCCGUGGUCAUUUUGACAGAUGGGGACAGUGGCGAGAAUGGGCGAUUGAGGGUAUGGUCGGAUGUUCAUUGCACAGUCCGUCUUUGCGGGAGCGUAGCGAAAGCGCUCUUGGUGCUUAACAUCAGCAAGUGCGGUCAUGGCGAUGCAUCUCCUUCAUGCGUGACUCUCUACUCCGUGGAAGAGCGAGUCGUGGCAAGAUGGAGUCCGAAAGAUUGCCGCGAAGAUCAUUCGAACGCGGUUACUGGCGAUUGACCCAGCAGAGAAUUUCGUUGUUUUCCUUUUUUGUCCUUUUUGUUUCUUGUUUUCUGGGAUAUGAUAUGAAGUCAAUGGCAAAAACCACCCGAAUCAAUUUGUGAUUAUAAAGGAAGACAAAUAUUAACUUAGGAAAUAUAAUCUAGUCCGAUUUGAUAUUCAAAGCCUAAGUGAAGAUCUAGUGCGAAUUAUCUUCUUCAAAACCAGAUGUACUCCUUGAUUGA